UAAUAUAUAUUCUAUUGCAUAAUUAUUGAUAAAAAAAAUUAUAUGGUAAAGCGAGACAGCUUGGUUUCUUAUUUUCGGUUCGAAUUUCCGGUAGGUUUCCGGCUUCUCCAGCCACCAUGGCGGGUCAUCAAUCAUCGGAAACUGCUCCAAAUCUUCAUGUAAAUUGCAUCUGGAGCUCAAUUUCGGGCGACAAGGUAGGCAAUGGAACUAAAAGCUGGACAAAUCUGUUCGGAUCUGGAUGCUCUCAAUCUCUGGUUUUUCAUUCUCCUGUCGAAGUUAGUGGAAGGAAAAUAGCUAAGCCACCAAGGGAAGUGAUCGAAAGGGGGAAGAAUCAAUGGCAAAACUGCUUGAUUGGCUGGUUCGUUGGCUCUACUCCUGAUUUCAAGCAAGUUACCUCCACCGUUAAUAUGCUUUGGGAAAACACUGUGCGGGUAUCUACAAGAGGUCAGCUCUAUAUUUUUAAAUUCUCCGAUGGAGAAACCCUUAAUUGGGUGCUGGAAUCAGGUCCGUGGCAUGUGGGACAUAUACCAUUGAUUCUACAGAGAUGGUGCACUGAGUUGUCGGUAGGUAAGGCUGAUUUUCGGAAAAUCCCGGUCUGGGUGAUUUUGCGUAACAUCCCUAUGCACCUCUACGACUGCACAGGCAUCAGUUAUAUUGCUAGUGUGGUGGGGAAGCCUCUAUACAUGGACAAGGGAACUGCUCAACAAACUCAUUUGGACUUUGCUAAAGUAUGUGUUGAGAUCGAUUUUGACAAUGAGAUACCUGCAGAGAUUAUGCUAGAUUGCGGUGAUGAUUUUGUAGUUGGAAUCUCUGUGAGUAUCCCAUGGGUUCCUGAAAAGUGCUCGAAGUGUCGGGUGUUCGGGCACAAUUGCUUACGGCAGCAACAAUCUUCGCUACAAAGAGAUAUGCAGCAAAGACUACAAGCAUCAGGUUCGGUGCUUCAACCCACCCAAAAUAUGAUGGACCAACAAAACCAGCUUUACCGAAAUCAGAGAGGCCUUGCAGAGGCAUCAUCGAUGCCUCUUGAUUCCACUGCUCAGGCAGGCCAAGCGAAUGGAGGUGACUGGCAAGAGGAGAUUUAUCAGAAGAUCAAAUCUUUGAAGGAUUUUUAUUUGCAAGACUUAAAUGAGAUGUACCAGAAAAUUGCUACGAAGCUGCAGCAGCAUGAUUCUCUUCCUCAGCAUCCGAGGUCGGAGCAGCUAGAAAAGCUGAUACUCUUCAAAGUAAUGUUGGAGCGCCUUAUUGCUAUGCUGCAAUUUCCCAAAAGUGAAAUAUAUCCAGGCCUCAAGGAGAAGCUGCCCUCUUAUGAGAAGCAGAUAGUGCAAUUCUUAAAUACCAACAGGCCCAGAAGGCAGCAAGGGCAACUUCCACCGCAUCAUAUGCCCUCAGUGCAGCCUCACAGCUUUCUGCUUCCUCUGUAACAUUUAGUUUAUAUAAAAAGAAUCAUGAAAGUUCAGAAAAUUUGUCUUGUCCAUCCCCCUAGAUACAAGCUGCUAUUUCUCAAGCCGGGACUCUUUCUUCUCGUUUUGAUUUAUGGUCGGAACUCUACAUUCUGCAAGCAAACAUCUUCCCUGCCUUUUUUACAUCAGUAAUAAUGUAUUUUCUUCUUUCGGCAAACAAAAUAAAUAAAUAAAACAAAACAACAAUAAAAAGAAAAAAGAAUGAGGCUCAUGAUUUACUUGCGAGCUCCCAUUUUUUUCUCCA